ACUAUUUUGGAAAUUUAUUCUUUAUUUAAAUAAUACUACAAAAAAUUACUCCAGGGUAUCAAAAUAAAACUUUCAGAGUACUUAUUAAAAAACUAUAUACUCCUUAUAAUUUUCUACAAAAAUAAAAAUAUUAUCCGAAGGGCAAUAUAAUCUCUCAUCUUCAAUAGUUCUAUGAUGAAGGGGGCAAAAAAUGGGAGACAGAAGAAACGAGGAAACAAAAAGGAAACGAACAGAAUGGCCAGCCAUUAAACCCAAGUCCAAUCUCCAGGUCUCUCGUCUCAAAGGGAACGAUCUCCUUACUGUGCAAAAUUACUUGACUUCUGCUGAAGCAAAAGCAUUCAUUGAAGCAGCAGAAUCAGUUGGGUUUGUUCACCAAGGGAGCCUUGGCCCAACAAUGGGUGAAGCCUAUAGAGAUAAUGAUCGUAUCUCUAUAAAUGACCCUGAUCUUGCUGGUGCAAUAUGGAAAGCAGGAAUUGACAAGCUCUUUUGUGAUAUUAGAAUUUGCGGCAGAGUUGCUGUUGGAUUAAACCCGAACAUCAGAUUUUACAGGUACAAGGCUGGCCAGCGUUUUGGACGUCAUAUUGAUGAAAGUGUUGAUCUUGGUGAAGGUCAAUUCACACACUAUACAUUGUUAGUGUAUCUAAGUGGAAGAGGCUUCAAAUCCAAAGCUAAGGUGGAUAAGAAUGCUCAGGAUUCUCCGACAGAGCCUCUUGUUGGAGGAGAGACUGUAUUUUAUGGUCCUAGAAAUUCUCUGGUCGCCGAGGUUCCUCCUUGUGAAGGAAUGGCUCUCUUUCAUAUCCAUGGGGAUAAAUGUAUGCUGCACAAAGCUCGGAAUGUCAGUAAGGGUGUCAAAUAUGUGUUGCGAACGGAUGUUGUGUUUGCUUGAUCCCAUGGGCAGAUUGAAUGAAUCCGAACUGUUUGU